AUGGUAGUGCCCACCGUCACCGGCGCGAACACCACGGAACGCGACAUUCCGGGCAAACCCGCGGGUUUGACCAAACCCCCGUGGCUGCGCCAGCGCGCGCCGGGCGGCGAUCGCUACGAGUACCUCACCUCCGGGCUCAAGGAUCUCAAGCUCGCCACCGUGUGCGAGGAGGCCAUGUGCCCGAACCUGGGCGAGUGCUGGAACGGCGACACGGGAACCGCGACGAUCAUGAUCCUCGGCGACACGUGCACGCGCGGAUGCCGCUUCUGCGCGGUGAACACCGCGUCCACGCCCCCGCCCCCCGACGAGAUGGAGCCCGAGAACACCGCCAAGGCCAUCGCGGAGUGGGGCGUUGGAUACAUCGUGUUGACCUCGGUGGACCGCGACGACAUCCCCGACGGCGGCGCGGAGCACUUCGCGAGGACCGUCCGCACCCUCAAGGCUCUCAAGCCGGAGAUCCUCGCCGAGUGCCUCACCCCGGACUUCCAGGGCGACGAGGGCGCGGUGAAGCACCUCGCCAACUCGGGUCUGGACGUUUUCGCUCACAACAUCGAGACGGUGGAGAGGCUGCAGAAACGCGUGAGGGACCCGAGAGCCGGGUACGAUCAAUCCCUGCGCGUCCUGAGGCACGCCAAGGCGACGGGGCCCACGGGUCUGGUCACUAAAACGAGCAUCAUGCUCGGACUGGGCGAGAGCGACGAGGAGAUCGCCCAGACGAUGAGGGACUGCAAGGACGCCGGGGUGGACAUCUUCACGCUGGGCCAGUACCUUCGCCCCACGCCCAACCACCUCGACGUCAUGGAGUACGUCACCCCGGAGAAGUUUGAGCACUGGAAGCGGUACGGCGAGGAGGUGGUGGGGUUCAGGUACGUCGCCAGCGGGCCGCUGGUGAGGAGCUCGUACAAGGCUGGCGAGUUUUUCAUCGAGACGAUGCUUCGGGACGAGCGCGAAAAAGCAAACGCGGCGGCGUGA